GCCCGCGGAACUUCUCGGCCGGCUUCGCUCCCGAGCCCGCUCGGCUCCCGCCCGCCGCCUCUCGCCCGCCUUCCGCGUGGCUCCCCGUCCCGGCGGCUGCAGAACUGAAUGCGCGAGCGGCGCUCGUGGCGCGCGGCGGCGGCAUGGAGCGCAGCGGCUGGGCCCCGCGGACUUGCCUCCUGGCGCUGCUGCUGGGGGCGACGCUGAGGGCGCGCGCCGCGGCGGGCUACUACCCCCGCUUCUCGCCCUUCUUUUUCUUGUGCACCCACCACGGGGAGCUGGAAGGGGAUGGGGAGCAGGGUGAGGUGCUCAUUUCCCUGCACCUUGCGGGCAACCCCACCUACUACGUCCCCGGACAAGAAUACCAUGUGACAAUUUCAACAAGCACCUUCUUUGAUGGCUUGCUGGUGACAGGACUAUACACAUCUACGAGUGUUCAGGCUUCACAGAGCAUCGGAGGUUCCAACGCUUUUGGAUUUGGGAUCAUGUCAGACCACCAGUUUGGUAACCAGUUUAUGUGCAGUGUGGUGGCCUCUCACGUGAGUCACUUGCCCACAACCAACCUCAGCUUCGUCUGGAUUGCUCCACCUGCUGGCACGGGCUGCGUGAAUUUCAUGGCUACAGCAACACACAGGGGCCAGAUUAUUUUUAAAGAUGCUUUAGCCCAGCAGUUGUGUGAACAAGGAGCUCCAACAGAGGCCACUGUGCACCCACAUCUAGCUGAAAUACAUAGCGACAGUAUUAUCCUACGAGAUGACUUUGACUCCUACCACCAACUGGGAUUGAAUCCAAAUAUAUGGGUUCAGUGUAACAACUGUGAGACUGGAGAACAGUGUGGUGCAAUUAUGCAUGGCAAUGCUGUCACCUUCUGUGAGCCGUAUGGUCCAAGAGAAUUGAUUACCACAAGCCUCAAUACAACAACAGCCUCUGUCCUCCAAUUUUCCAUUGGUUCAGGUUCAUGUCGCUUUAGUUAUUCAGACCCCAGCAUCACCGUGUCAUAUGCCAAGAAUAAUAGUGCGGACUGGACUCUGCUUGAGAAAAUUAGAGCCCCUUCCAAUGUCAGCACAAUCAUCCAUAUCCUCUACCUUCCUGAAGACGCCAAAGGGGAGAAUGUCCAGUUUCAGUGGAAGCAGGAAAAUCUCCAUGUAGGCGAAGUGUAUGAAGCCUGCUGGGCCUUAGAUAACAUCCUGAUCAUCAACUCAGCUCACAGACAAGUCAUUUUAGAAGAUAGUCUGGAUCCAGUAGACACGGGCAACUGGCUUUUCUUCCCAGGAGCUACAGUUAAGCAUAGCUGUCAGUCAGAUGGGAACUCCAUUUAUUUCCAUGGAAAUGAAGGCAGUGAGUUCAAUUUUGCCACCACCCGGGAUGUAGAUCUUUCUACAGAGGAUAUUCAAGAGCAAUGGUCAGAAGAAUUUGAGAGCCAGCCUACAGGGUGGGACAUCUUGGGAGCUGUCAUUGGUACAGAAUGUGGGACAAUAGAAUCAGGUUUAUCAAUGGUCUUCCUCAAAGAUGGAGAGAGGAAAUUGUGCACUCCAUACAUGGACACUACUGGUUAUGGGAACCUGAGAUUUUACUUCGUUAUGGGAGGAAUUUGUGACUCUGGAGAUUCUCAUGAAAAUGAUAUCAUCCUGUAUGCAAAGAUUGAAGGAAGAAAAGAGCACAUUACACUGGAUACCCUUUCCUAUGCCUCCUAUAAGGUUCCGUCUUUGGUUUCUGUAGUCAUCAAUCCUGAACUUCAGACUUCUGCUACCAAAUUUUGUCUCAGGCAAAAGAACCAUCAAGAACAUAACAGGAAUGUCUGGGCUGUAGAUUUUUUCCACGUCUUACCAGUUCUCCCUUCUACAAUGUCUCACAUGAUACAGUUUUCCAUUAAUCUGGGAUGUGGAACGCAUCAACCUGGUAACAGUGUCAGCUUAGAGUUCUCUACCAACCAUGGGCGUUCCUGGUCCCUCCUCCACACUGAGUGUUUACCUGAAAUCUGUGCUGGACCCCACCUCCCCCACAGCACUGUCUACUCCUCCGAAAACUACAGUGGGUGGAACCGCAUAACAAUUCCCCUUCCUAACGCGGCACUAACCAGGGACACCAGAAUUCGCUGGAGACAAACGGGACCAAUCCUUGGAAACAUGUGGGCAAUUGAUAAUGUUUAUAUCGGUCCGUCGUGUCUUAAGUUCUGUUCUGGCAGAGGUCAGUGCACGCGACAUGGUUGCAAGUGUGACCCUGGAUUUUCCGGCCCAGCUUGUGAGAUGGCAUCCCAGACAUUCCCAAUGUUUAUUUCUGAAAGCUUUGGCAGUUCCAGGCUCUCCUCUUACCAUAACUUUUACUCUAUCCGUGGUGCUGAAGUCAGCUUUGGCUGUGGUGUCUUGGCCAGUGGGAAGGCCCUGGUUUUCAACAAAGAUGGGAGGCGUCAGCUAAUUACAUCUUUCCUUGACAGCUCACAAUCCAGGUUUCUCCAGUUCACAUUGAGGCUGGGGAGCAAGUCUGUUCUGAGCACAUGCAGAGCCCCCGACCAGCCUGGUGAAGGAGUUUUAUUGCAUUAUUCUUAUGAUAAUGGGAUAACUUGGAAACUCUUGGAGCACUAUUCAUAUCUCAACUAUCAUGAGCCCAGAAUAAUCUCUGUGGAAUUACCAGACGAUGCAAGGCAGUUUGGAAUUCAGUUCAGAUGGUGGCAACCAUAUCAUUCUUCUCAAGGAGAAGACGUAUGGGCUAUUGAUGAGAUCAUCAUGACAUCUGUCCUUUUCAACAGCAUUAGUCUUGACUUUACCAAUCUUGUGGAGGUCACUCAAUCUCUGGGAUUCUACCUUGGAAAUGUUCAACCAUGCUGUGGCCAUGACUGGACUCUUUGUUUUACAGGAGAUUCUAAACUUGCCUCAAGUAUGCGCUAUGUGGAAACACAAUCAAUGCAGAUAGGAGCAUCCUAUAUGAUUCAGUUCAGUUUGGUGAUGGGCUGUGACAAGAAAUACACUCCGCACAUGGACAACCAGGUGAAACUGGAGUACUCAACCAACCAUGGCCUUACUUGGCACCUCGUCCAAGAGGAAUGCCUUCCCAGUAUGCCAAGUUGUCAGGAAUUUACGUCAGCAAGUAUUUACCAUGCCAGUGAGUUCACACAGUGGAGAAGAGUCAUAGUGCUUCUUCCCCAGAAGACUUGGUCCAGUGCCACCCGCUUCCGGUGGAGUCAGAGCUAUUACACAGCCCAAGACGAGUGGGCUUUAGACAGCAUUUACAUUGGGCAGCAAUGCCCGAACAUGUGCAGCGGGCAUGGCUCCUGUGACCAUGGCCUGUGCAGGUGUGACCAGGGAUACCAGGGCACUGAAUGCCGCCCAGAAGCUACUCUUCCUUCCACAAUUAUGUCGGAUUUUGAGAACCAGAAUGGUUGGGAGUCUGACUGGCAGGAAGUUAUUGGGGGAGAAAUUGUAAAACCGGAACAAGGGUGUGGGGUCAUCUCUUCUGGAUCGUCUCUGUAUUUCAGCAAGGCUGGCAAAAGACAGUUGGUGAGCUGGGAUCUGGAUACCUCUUGGGUGGACUUCGUCCAGUUCUACAUCCAGAUAGGCGGAGAGAGUGCUGCAUGCAACCAGCCCGACAGCAGAGAGGAAGGCGUCCUCCUUCAGUACAGCAACAACGGGGGCAUCCAGUGGCAUCUGUUGGCGGAGAUGUACUUCUCAGACUUCAGCAAACCCAGAUUUGUCUAUCUGGAGCUCCCAGCGGCUGCCAAGACCCCUUGCACCAGGUUCCGCUGGUGGCAGCCUGUGUUCUCAGGGGAGGACUAUGACCAGUGGGCAGUCGAUGACAUCAUCAUUCUCUCAGAGAAGCAAAAGCAGAUCAUCCCAGUUGUCAACCCAACUUUACCCCAGAACUUCUAUGAGAAGCCAGCUUUUGAUUACCCUAUGAAUCAGAUGAGUGUGUGGUUGAUGUUGGCUAAUGAAGGAAUGGUUAAAAAUGAAACUUUCUGCUCUGCCACGCCAUCAGCCAUGGUAUUUGGAAAAUCAGAUGGGGAUCGAUUUGCAGUAACUCGAGAUUUGACUCUGAAACCUGGAUAUGUGCUACAGUUCAAGCUAAACAUUGGGUGUGCCAAUCAAUUCAGCAGUGCUGCCCCAGUUCUUCUUCAGUACUCUCAUGAUGCUGGUAUGUCCUGGUUUCUGGUAAAAGAAGGCUGUUACCCAGCUUCUGCAGGCAAAGGAUGUGAAGGAAACUCCAGAGAACUGAGUGAGCCCACUGUGUAUCGCACGGGGGACUUUGAAGAAUGGACGAGAAUCACCAUUGUUAUUCCAAGAUCUCUUGCAUCCAGUAAGACCAGAUUCCGAUGGAUCCAGGAGAGCAGCUCACAGGAAAACGUGCCUCCCUUUGGUUUGGAUGGCGUGUACAUAUCUGAGCCUUGUCCCAGUUAUUGCAGCGGCCAUGGGGACUGCGUUUCAGGGGUGUGUUUCUGUGACCUGGGGUACACCGCCGCACAAGGAACCUGUGUGUCUAACGUCCCUAAUCACAGUGAGAUGUUCGAUAGGUUUGAGGGGAAGCUCAACCCUCUGUGGUACAAGAUAACGGGAGGCCAGGUGGGAACGGGCUGUGGAACGCUUAAUGACGGCAGAUCUCUCUACUUCAAUGGCCCUGGGAAAAGGGAAGCGAGGACCGUCCCUCUGGACACCAGGAAUAUCAGACUUGUUCAGUUUUAUAUACAAAUUGGAAGCAAAACUUCUGGCAUUACCUGCAUCAAACCAAGAGCUAGAAAUGAAGGGCUUGUUGUUCAGUAUUCAAAUGACAAUGGGAUAGUCUGGCAUUUGCUUCGAGAGUUGGACUUCAUGUCAUUUCUGGAACCACAAAUCAUUUCCAUUGACCUGCCACGGGAGGCAAAGACACCCGCAACGGCUUUUCGGUGGUGGCAACCCCAACAUGGGAAGCAUUCAGCCCAGUGGGCCUUGGAUGAUGUCCUUAUAGGAAUGAAUGACAGCUCUCAAACUGGGUUUCAAGACAAAUUUGAUGGUUCUAUAGAUUUGCAAGCCAACUGGUAUCGAAUCCAAGGAGGUCAAGUUGAUAUUGACUGUCUCUCUAUGGAUACUGCUCUGAUAUUCACUGAAAACAUAGGGAAACCUCGUUAUGCUGAAACCUGGGACUUUCACGUGUCAGCAUCAACCUUCUUACAGUUUGAAAUGAGCAUGGGCUGUAGCAAGCCCUUCAGCAACUCCCACAGUGUACAGCUCCAGUAUUCUCUGAACAAUGGCAAGGACUGGCAUCUUGUCACUGAAGAGUGUGUUCCUCCAACCAUUGGCUGUCUGCACUACACAGAAAGUUCAAUUUACACCUCGGAAAGAUUCCAGAAUUGGAAGCGGAUCACUGUCUACCUUCCACUCUCCACCAUAUCUCCCAGGACCCGGUUCCGCUGGAUUCAGGCCAACUACACUGUGGGGGCCGACUCCUGGGCUAUUGAUAAUGUGGUGCUGGCCUCAGGGUGCCCUUGGAUGUGCUCGGGACGAGGGAUUUGUGAUGCUGGAUGCUGUGUGUGUGACCGGGGCUUUGGUGGAGCCUUCUGUGUUCCUGUCGUUCCUUUGCCCUCGAUUCUUAAAGAUGAUUUCAAUGGGAACUUACACCCCGACCUUUGGCCUGAAGUGUAUGGUGCAGAGAGGGGGAAUCUGAAUGGUGAAACCAUCAAAUCUGGAACAUCCCUCAUUUUUAAAGGGGAAGGACUAAGGAUGCUUAUUUCAAGAGAUCUAGACUGUGCCAAUACUAUGUAUGUCCAGUUUUCACUUAGAUUUAUAGCAAAAGGUACCCCAGAGAGGUCUCACUCUAUUCUACUACAAUUCUCCAUCAAUGGGGGCAUCACUUGGCACCUGCUGGAUGAAUUCUACUUCCCUCAAACGACCAGCAUACUCUUCAUUAAUGUUCCCUUGCCAUAUACUGCCCAAACCAACGCUACGAGAUUCAGACUCUGGCAACCUUAUAAUAAUGGUAAGAAAGAAGAAAUCUGGAUUGUUGAUGACUUCAUUAUUGACGGAAAUAAUUUAAACAACCCCGUGAUGCUUCUGGAUACGUUUGACUUUGGGCCCAGAGAAGACAAUUGGUUUUUCUAUCCUGGUGGUAACAUUGGUCUUUAUUGCCCAUAUUCUUCAAAGGGAGCACCCGAAGAAGACUCAGCCAUGGUGUUUGUUUCAAAUGAAGUUGGUGAGCAUUCCAUUACCACUCGUGACCUGAAUGUGAAUGAGAACACCAUCAUACAAUUUGAGAUCAAUGUUGGAUGCUCAACUGACAGCUCAUCUGCUGAUCCGGUCAGACUGGAAUUUUCAAGGGACUUUGGGGCGACCUGGCACCUGCUGCUCCCCCUCUGCUACCACAGCGGCAGCCACAUCAGCUCCCUGUGCUCCACUGAGCACCACCCAAGCAGCACCUACUACGCGGGGACCAUGCAGGGCUGGAGAAGGGAGGUCGUGCACUUCGGGAAGCUGCACCUUUGUGGAUCUGUGCGUUUCAGGUGGUACCAAGGAUUUUACCCUGCUGGCUCUCAGCCAGUGACGUGGGCCAUUGAUAAUGUCUAUAUUGGUCCUCAAUGUGAAGAGAUGUGUAAUGGACAUGGGAGUUGUAUCAACGGAACCAAGUGCAUAUGUGAUCCCGGCUACUCAGGUCCAACCUGUAAAAUAAGCACCAAAAAUCCUGAUUUUCUCAAGGAUGAUUUUGAAGGUCAGCUAGAAUCUGAUAGAUUCUUAUUAAUGAGUGGUGGAAAGCCAUCUCGGAAGUGUGGAAUCCUUUCCAGUGGAAACAACCUCUUUUUCAAUGAAGAUGGCUUGCGUAUGUUGAUGACGAGAGAUCUGGAUUUAUCACAUGCUAGAUUUGUGCAGUUCUUCAUGAGACUGGGCUGUGGGAAAGGUGUUCCAGACCCCAGGAGCCAACCUGUGCUUCUACAGUAUUCUCGCAAUGGCGGCCUCUCAUGGAGCCUCCUUCAAGAGUUCCUUUUCAGCAACUCCAGCAAUGUGGGCAGGUACAUUGCCCUGGAGAUACCCUUGAAAGCCCGCGCUUCUUCUACUCGCCUCCGCUGGUGGCAACCAUCUGAAAAUGGGCACUUCUACAGUCCCUGGGUUAUUGACCAGAUUCUUAUUGGAGGAAAUAUUUCUGGUAAUACAGUCUUGGAGGAUGAUUUCACAACUCUGGAUAGUAGGAAAUGGCUGCUUCACCCUGGAGGCACCAAGAUGCCUGUGUGUGGCUCUACGGGGGAUGCCCUGGUCUUCAUUGAGAAGGCCAGCACCCGUUAUGUGGUCACCACAGACAUUGCUGUGAACGAGGACUCAUUCUUACAGAUAGAUUUCGCGGCCUCCUGCUCGGUCACGGACUCUUGUUACGCUAUUGAAUUGGAAUACUCAGUAGAUCUUGGAUUAUCAUGGCACCCACUGGUGAGGGACUGUCUACCUACCAACGUUGAAUGUAGUCGCUAUCACUUGCAGCGGAUCCUGGUGUCAGACACUUUCAACAAGUGGACCAGAACCACUCUGCCUCUCCCUCCUUACACCAGGUCCCAAGCCACUCGUUUCCGAUGGCAUCAACCAGCUCCUUUUGACAAGCAGCAGACGUGGGCAAUAGAUAAUGUCUAUAUCGGGGAUGGCUGCAUAGAUAUGUGCAGUGGCCAUGGAAGAUGUGUCCAAGGAAACUGUGUCUGUGACGAGCAGUGGGGUGGCCUGUACUGUGACGAGCCCGAGACCUCCCUUCCAAUUCAACUCAAAGACAACUUCAAUCGUGCUCCAUCCAACCAGAACUGGCUGACUGUGAACGGAGGGAAAUUAAGUACUGUGUGUGGAGCUGUGGCUUCUGGAAUGGCUCUCCAUUUCAGUGGGGGUUGCAGUCGACUGUUAGUUACUGUGGAUCUAAACCUCACUAAUGCCGAGUUUAUCCAAUUUUACUUCAUGUAUGGAUGCCUGAUUACACCCAACAACCGUAACCAAGGUGUUCUCUUGGAAUAUUCUGUCAAUGGAGGCAUUACCUGGAAUCUGCUAAUGGAAAUUUUCUAUGACCAGUACAGUAAACCUGGAUUUGUGAAUAUCCUUCUCCCUCCUGAUGCUAAAGAGAUCGCAACUCGCUUCCGCUGGUGGCAGCCCAGGCACGACGGCCUGGAUCAGAACGACUGGGCCAUCGACAACGUCCUCAUCUCAGGCUCUGCCGACCAGCGGACUGUCAUGCUGGACACCUUCAGCAGCGCCCCAGUGCCCCAGCACGAGCGCUCCCCAGCAGACGCAGGCCCUGUCGGGAGAAUUGCUUUUGACAUGUUUAUGGAGGACAAAACUGCAGUAAAUGAGCAUUGGCUAUUCCAUGAUGAUUGUACAGUAGAAAGAUUCUGUGACUCCCCUGAUGGUGUCAUGAUUUGUGGCAGUCAUGACGGAAGAGAAGUGUAUGCAGUGACCCACGACCUGACUCCCACUGAAGGCUGGAUCAUGCAAUUCAAGAUCUCUGUUGGAUGUAAAGUAUCUGAAAAAGUUGCCCAGAAUCAAAUUCAUGUGCAAUAUUCUACUGACUUCGGUGUGAGCUGGAAUUAUCUGGUCCCCCAGUGCUUACCUGCAGACCCAAAAUGCUCUGGAAGUGUUUCUCAGCCAUCUGUAUUCUUUCCAACUAAAGGGUGGAAACGGAUCACCUACCCACUUCCUGAAAGCUUAGUGGGAAAUCCAGUCAGGUUUAGGUUCUAUCAGAAGUACUCAGAUAUGCAGUGGGCCAUCGAUAAUUUCUACCUGGGCCCCGGAUGCUUGGACAACUGCAGAGGCCAUGGAGACUGCUUGAAGGAGCAGUGCAUCUGUGAUCCGGGAUUCUUCGGGCCCAACUGCUACCUGACUCACACUCUGAAGACUUUCCUGAAGGAACGCUUUGACAGUGAAGAAAUCAAGCCUGAUUUAUGGAUGUCCUUAGAAGGUGGAAGCACUUGUACUGAGUGUGGGAUUCUUGCUGAGGACACUGCACUCUAUUUUGGGGGAUCCACUGUGAGACAAGCUAUUACUCAAGAUUUGGAUCUCAGAGGGGCGAAAUUCCUGCAGUACUGGGGGCGCAUCGGUAGUGAGAACAACAUGACCUCCUGCCAUCGGCCCAUCUGCCGGAAGGAAGGCGUGCUGUUGGACUACUCUACUGAUGGAGGAAUUACUUGGACUUUGCUCCAUGAGAUGGAUUAUCAGAAAUACAUUUCUGUUAGACACGACUACAUCCUUCUUCCCGAGGAUGCCCUCACCAAUACAACUCGACUUCGCUGGUGGCAGCCUUUUGUGAUCAGCAAUGGACUUGUGGUCUCUGGGGUGGAGCGUGCUCAGUGGGCACUAGACAACAUUUUGAUUGGUGGCGCAGAAAUCAAUCCCAGUCAACUGGUCGACACCUUUGAUGAUGAAGGCACUUCCCAUGAAGAAAACUGGAGUUUUUACCCUAACGCAGUAAGGACAGCAGGAUUCUGUGGCAAUCCAUCCUUCCACCUCUACUGGCCAAAUAAAAAGAAGGACAAGACUGACAACGCUCUCUCCUCCAGAGAACUCAUUAUACAGCCAGGCUAUAUGAUGCAGUUUAAAAUUGUGGUGGGUUGUGAAGCCACUUCUUGUGGUGACCUUCAUUCCGUAAUGUUGGAGUACAGUAAGGAUGCAAGGUCCGAUUCCUGGCAGCUUGUUCAGACGCAGUGCCUUCCUUCCUCUUCAAACAGCAUUGGCUGCUCCCCCUUCCAGUUCCAUGAAGCCACCAUCUACAAUGCUGUCAACAGCUCCAGCUGGAAGAGAAUCACCAUUCAGCUGCCUGACCAUGUCUCCUCCAGUGCGACGCAGUUCCGCUGGAUCCAGAAGGGGGAAGAAACUGAGAAGCAGAGCUGGGCGAUUGACCACGUGUACAUCGGAGAGGCUUGCCCCAAGCUCUGCAGUGGGCACGGAUACUGCACCACCGGCGCUGUCUGCAUCUGCGAUGAAAGUUUCCAAGGUGGUGAUUGCUCUGUUUUCAGUCAUGAUCUUCCCAGUUAUAUUAAAGAUAAUUUUGAGUCAGCAAGAGUCACUGAGGCAAACUGGGAGACCAUUCAGGGCGGAGUGAUAGGAAGUGGCUGUGGGCAGCUGGCACCCUAUGCCCAUGGAGACUCACUCUAUUUUAAUGGCUGUCAGAUAAGGCAAGCUGCCACCAAGCCUCUGGAUCUCACUCGAGCAAGCAAAAUCAUGUUUGUUUUGCAAAUUGGGAGCACGGCCCAGACAGACAGCUGCAACAGUGACCUGAGCGGCCCGCACGCCGUGGACAAGGCCGUGCUGCUGCAGUACAGCAUCAACAACGGGAUCACCUGGCACGUCAUCGCGCAGCACCAGCCCAAGGACUUCACGCAAGCCCAGAGAGUGUCUUACAAUGUCCCCCUGGAGGCUCGAAUGAAAGGAGUUUUAUUGCGCUGGUGGCAACCACGCCACAAUGGAACAGGUCAUGAUCAAUGGGCUUUGGACCAUGUGGAAGUCGUCCUUUCCUGUAGAACUGGAAUGCUUAUGUCUCGACGGGUUCGGACUGAUGGCUCCAAGUGGUUGGCAAGGAGAGGCGAAUCUUCUCGAGUAAGCACUCGAAAACAAAAUUACAUGAUGAAUUUUUCACGACAACAUGGGCUCAGGCAUUUCUACAACAGAAGACGAAGGUCACUUAGACGAUACCCAUGAAGAAUCAAAAAGUUUAUUUUUCCUUCCAAUAUGUGAUGUGUUGCUUUCCAUUUUUUAAAUCUCGCACUGCAUCUGAUAUCAGGAAAUUUCUGUGAAGGACUUGGUGAUUAACUGAAAGCCCUUCUCAAGACCAAGUGUACACCACUUUCCCACACUGUGAACUAAUGACAAGUGACUUAUUUUCUCAUAAGUAAAUGUCUUCAUGUUGAUGUGUCCGUGGAAAUUGUGAUCUGUUGUAAUAUCAGUUACAGUGACAGUAUUGAAAAUAAGAAAUAGUUUAACAGGAAAAAAAAGUUUAAGCACAAAAAUUUAAGAGAUUUUAUGUUUAAAAUGGCAUUUAAUACAAUAUUUAACAUUCUUGGUCACAAAGUAUUUAAGUGGACUGUAUUUCAGCUAUGUAUCAUGUUUUAUAUGAUUAAAUUAUCAUUGUCCUUUAUGUAUUCUCUUCUACAGUAUAACACAUUGACACUGUAUUUGCUUAUGUUGCAAUAUUUUGCUGCUGAAUUUCAGGCUACUUAUAUUCUGCAGAAAAUUCGUUGAAAUACCUACUCAAGAAGAUAGUUGUAAAGAUAUUGUAUCUCCUUUAAUAUACUCCUUAAAAUGUAUGUUGGUUUAGCGUUGUUUUGUGGAUAAGAAAAAUGCUUGACCUUGAAAUAUUUUCUACUUAAAAAUUGUGGAUGAAGACCCUAUCUCCCACAAAGGAGUUUCCAUUUCCUUGUUUAAAGAUUUUUUUGAAGUGUUCUGUGGCUGAUUUACUAACAGUAACUGCCAUUUUGUGUCUGUGGUAACAGAGUGGUUUGUAAAACAGUGGAUGUUUUCAUUGUGUUCUCUUUGUGGAUUGUUUUUCCUGCGGGUCAUAUUCAUACCUUCUGAUGAAGUUGUACCAACACCAGCAACAUAAUAAUGGCCCUGUAGCCCUGAACUCUCUAUUAAUGUAACUAAAAACGUUGCAAACUAGAGUGAACCAAGCUAAAAGCCCAUGCUUAAAUAAAAAUUAUGUCCAA